UUACCAACACACUCCCAACAAGCACUUUCCCAUCUCUACGAGUUCCAUUCUCUCUACUAAACCACCUACAAAGCAUCACCAUGGCACUCUUUAAGAUUAUCAAGUGCUCCAAGAAGACCGCUGUUACGUUUACCACCGUCACCGACACCACCACCGAAACGAAGCCCAAGAAGUCCUUCCUCGCCAAACUCGGCAAGGCUACUAAGAAGGCCCUCAUCAAAUCUGCGGAGCUGAUGCUGGUCACCAUCCCCGACGCGAUCGUUGCCGUGUGUAACGACCGUCCGGAUGCGUACAAGCCGCGGCCGAGGAGCGCGACGUGUAAGGGCGAGAUGAAGAAGAUGUUGCAGAAGCGGGAGAAGGAGGCGAAGAAGGCAAAGGGGGAAAAGAAAAGGGGCGUUAAGGUUCUCGUUGUUACGGACGUAGCCGAGAAGAGAAACUCGUUUGAUUCCGGCUACGACUCCUGCAAACGAGCUAGCACGGAUGCCCAAUCCGGUACUACCACCACGAAGAAGUCAGGCAUCUCCCACUUCACCUCCAUCCGCGCCAUGAAACGCGCGGAACUCGCUGCUUCCAGGGCCCGCUGUGAUGCGCACAAUGCCAUGGUCGCCGCCGAGUGCGAGAUCUUGGGGAUCACGAUGACCGAGUGGUUGAUGUUGCAGCACGAGAAGUCACCCGCCGCCAUGGCCGCUGACGAGAAGAGAGUGAGGUUGGAUGGUGAGCCGAGGGCGUGGCAGGCGAGGAGGUCGUAGAGCAUUGCGCUCCGCCUCUCUCUCUUGCGUGAGAAUGUAAGGAUAGAAAGCAGAGUUUGGAUUGGGUUAUGGGUUGGUUAUGGGGUAUACUUCGUCGUCGUCAUAUGGGAUUUCUUCUUUUUGGGUACACUGUUUAAUUGGCUUAUUACUGGAAUUGACUCUGGUUUCCUUGUUGACCCCCGGUUACGUAUCCGUUGACGUGCAAGAGCGCCGGCGUAGCAUUUCGAUCUCUCACAGCAACAUCCUCAAACCUCCACGUGCACUACACCAGCUGCAAUAAACCAAUCACGGCAGAGAAUG